GGGCGACCUAUAAAAAACCAUACUUUAUCGACUGGAAGAUACAGUCAGCUAAUAGUUAGUACAAAGAAAAGUCACGAUGCGUCCAAUUAGAGCGCUCUUUCUAGCCAUCCUGGCUGCACUCAUGGUGCUGUCUUCCCAGUUAACACCGCCUGCCACCGGCUCGUCCUCCGGCACUCCUACCAGCACCUCGCCCUCCGGCACUCCUGCCACCGGCUCGUCCUCCGGCACGCCUACCAGCACCUCGCCAGGCGGCACGCCUACCAGCAGCUCGCCCUCCGGCACGCCUACCAGCAGCUCGCCCUCCGGCACUCCUGCCAGCAGCUCACCCUCCGGCACUCCUGCCAGCAGCUCACCCUCCGGCACUCCUGCCAGCAGCUCGUCCUCCGACACUUCGCCAGCUACGACCACCACAACAACAGAAGCCACAACCACAACAGAAGAGGCGACUACCAAGAAGCACCAUCGCCGCAUCCAUCGCAGGCGUAUAGUGAUUAUCCGUAGAGAGAGAGGCGGCGGGGGUAACAGGAGGAACAGGAGGAACAGGAGACUUAGGCGUGAAGGUGGAAACGGUGGGGACGUGAGGCGUGUACGUGUUCAUGAGCGUCGCAGAGUGCGCUUGGGCCGAAGGUUCUCCUGGGUGUAAAAACCCAUAAAUACUCGUAAUUACUCACGAAGAAAGCCAAUAAAUGUUUACUAAUGCGAA